AUGGCUACUGGAAGGGUGCAAGAGACUCUUCCACCUGCCCUCGACUCGACUUCAGACCCACCUGCAAUCUUCGAUGGAACUACAAGGUUGGUUAAGAAUUGGGUGCCAUCUUUGGAGCACAAUAAUGAAGUUAAGGGGGAGAGUCUUGAUUUGAUCAAAUACAUUGACAGUAACUUUGAAGGACCUUCUCUUUUCCCUGAUGAUCCAUCCAAGAAAGAGUUUGCAGAGGAGUUGCUGUCAUACACAGACUCGUUCUGUAAGGCCGUGAUUGCUUCUUUCAAGGUGGACGGAAAUGAUGGAGCAGGUGCUGCAUUUGAUUACAUUGAGACGGCUCUUUCCAAAUUCGACGAUGGACCUUUUUUCCUGGGCCAGUUCAGUCUGGUGGACAUAGCUUAUGUGCCAUUCAUUGAAAGGUUUCAGCCCUUUUUGCUGGAUGUGAAGAACUAUGACAUCACUGUAGGCAGGCCAAAACUAGCGACACGGAUUGAGGGUGCUGCUGUAAUUGGUAAAUUUCUGGUGAUGUAA